AUGAUGAAAUCUAGACGGGUGCAAGUACUCCUGGGUCUGGCAGUUCUGUCCUUCCUGAUCCACUUCCUAACCUGCAGCAAUGCCCCCAUGGAAGAAAAGCCUUCUCCAGUCCACAUCCUCAUUCUCUCCUCCUGGCGGUCAGGAUCUUCCUUCACUGGACAGAUCUUCAGCCAGCACCCCAGUGUCUUCUACCUGAUGGAGCCUGCAUGGCAUGUGUGGGUUGCUAUGUACCAGAACAGUGCCAAAGUCUUACAGAUGGCAGUGCGGGACCUAGUCAGGUCGGUCUUUCUGUGUGACAUGUCUGUGUUUGAUGUCUACAUGUCUACCCAGAAGAAAAAGUCUGAUUUAUUUCAGUGGGAGACAAGCCGAGCCUUGUGUUCCCCCCCUGCCUGCGACUCAUUCAGUCGCAAUGACAUAAUCACUGCAGGAAAUUGCAGGACAGUCUGUGGCAAGUACCCAUUCAGUAAGGUGGAGGAAGCCUGUAAAACCUACAGCCACGUUGCCAUCAAGGAGGUUCGGUUCUUUGACCUGAAAGUCCUCUACUCCCUUUUCACUGAUCCAUCCCUGAACCUCAAAGUCAUUCACUUGGUCCGAGAUCCUCGAGCUGUGUUCAGGUCCCGAGAGAAUACAGUGGUAGACCUGAAACGUGACAGUGACAUUGUUCUGGGGUCCCAGAAGAUGAAGGGAGAAAUGGGACCCUACAAUGCUAUGCAAGAAAUCUGCAAAAGCCAUGUUGAGAUUUACAAGGCAGGCAGGCAGGCUAUUCCCAGCUUCCUGAAAGACCGUUACCUGCUGGUUCGUUAUGAAGACAUUGUCAGAGAUCCACUAGCAAAGGCUGCUCAGAUGUACAGGUUUGCAGAACUCCAUUUCACACCAGAACUCCAGAAAUGGGUGCACAACAUUACCCAUGGGAAGGGGCAAGGAGGAAAUGCCUUUGAGAUUGGAUCCAGAGAUGCGCUGAGCGUAUCCGAGGCCUGGAGGAAGACCCUUCCCUUCCAGAAAAUAGAAAAAGUACAAAAUGCAUGCAAGGACGCGAUGGACUUACUGGGCUACCGGCUAGUUCAUUCUGAAGAAGAACAGAAAAACCUAUCGCUGGAUCUUUUGUUUGGCCAGAACUCCUCUGAGUAA